CGUCCCGGCCGUGGCGGCGGCGGCGGGAGCGGGACGGGGCCGGUGCGCGCCCCCCGCCCGCGGCCGCGCCAUGAAGAGCCUCAAGUCCCGCCUGAAAAAGCACGAAGCGGUCAUCGGGGGCAGCACGCUGAACCCAGACUGGAGCAAGUACGAUGACAGGCUCAUGAAGGCAGCUGAAAGGGGCGAUGUGGAGAAGGUCUCGUCCAUCCUGGCCAAGAAAGGGGUCAGUCCCACAAAGCUGGAUGUGGAAGGGAGAUCUGCAUUCCAUGUUGUAGCAUCAAAGGGAAACCUGGACUGCUUGAACACCAUCCUCGUGCAUGGAGUUGAUAUCACGGCCACUGAUGCUGCAGGCAGAAACGCCCUGCAUUUGGCUGCAAAGUAUGGCCAUGCCCUGUGUUUGCAGAAGCUCUUGCAGUACAAUUGUCCAACAGAGAAUGUGGAUCUCCAGGGAAGAACUGCUCUUCAUGAUGCAGCCAUGUCYGACUGCUCUGCCAGCAUCCAGCUGCUGUGUGACCACGGUGCUGUCGUCAACUCCAAGGACGGGGAUGGGAGGACACCCCUGGUGCUGGCCACUCAGAUGUGUCGCCCCAUGGUCUGCCAGCUGCUCAUAGACAGGGGGGCAGAUGUCAAUGCCAGGGACAAACAGAACAGGACUGCCCUAAUGUUAGGCUGUGAAUAUGGCUGCAAGGAUGCCGUGGAGGUGUUGCUCAGGAAUGGUGCUGAUGUUGGUUUGACUGAUGGCCUUGGGCAUGACUGUGCUUACUAUGCCAGAAUUGGGGACAAUAUUGACAUUUUGGCUUUAAUAAAAGCUGCCAUUGAGGACUCCGGCAAAGGAAGGGACAGCAUGAAGAGAGGGCAGGCUGAGCAGAAGGUCACCAGCAUGUCCCAGAAGUGGGGCCGGGGCUAUGGAGCACAGGAGGAGCUCAGUGUCAAACCGUACCAGAAGGACCCCAGCACUCAGGACUUGGAGUUGGAAAAUCAAGAUUUGAAAGAUCGAAUGAGAGAAGUGCAGGAGGAGCAGAGGAUGCUGCUGGACAGAAUCAGUGGGUUACAGCUGCAGCUGAGUGAGGAGCAAAUGUUUGCAGAUGAUCUUGAGAAUGAGAAAGAUGAGUUGAAGAAAAUCCUGACUACCAAGGAAAAGCAACAGGAAGAAAGUUUAAGGACUAUUGAAGCUCUCAAAGCUAAACUCAAGUAUUAUGAAGGUGACUCUGCGGGGUCUGGAGGUAACUUUGGAAAUAGAAAAGAAGAUUUAUUACUUAAACAAGGCCAAGCGUUUGCAGUAGAAUCCCAGUCCAGGUCUAUGCUGAGGCCCCUGGAGCUCUCCCUGCCUACGCAAUCAUCCAGUUCAGAGAAGGAAACUUUAAAGAAAGAGCUGGAUAACCUGAGGAGCUGCUUUGGAGCAGCCAAGGAGGAGAUCAGCAAACUGCAGAGGGAGCUGUCCCUGAAGGCCUCGGAAUGCAAAGCUCUGGCAUCAGAGUGCGAGAGAACCAAGGUGGAGUCUGACAGACAGAUCAAACAGCUGGAGGAUGCUCUGAAGGAUGUUCAGAAGAGAAUGUUCGAUUCUGAGGGCAAAGUGAAGCAAAUGCAGAGCCACUUCUUGGCUCUGAAGGAUCACCUGACCAACGAAGUGGCCUCGGGAAACUCCAAGGUGACGGAGGAGCUCAAGGAGCAGCUCCAGGAGAUGAAAACCAAGUACGAGGGAGCCUCUGCUGAGGUGGGGAAACUGAGGAACCAGAUCAAGCAGAACGAAUUGCUGGUGGCAGAAUUCAGGAGGGACGAGGGAACGCUGGUGGAGGAAAACAAAAGGUUGCAGAAGGAACUUGCAAAGUUGGAGAUGGAGCGAGAUAAAAGGGGCAAGAAUGUCACAGAGUUGGAAGGGCAGCUCAAAGAGACAGCAGCCAAACUGGCCCAGUCUGUGAGCGCAGAGACCUUUGAGAACAUGAAGAGUUUGCUGUCAAAUGAGCUGAAUGAGAAAGCAAGGAAAUUGGCAGAGGUGGAGGGGGMGCGGGAGAAGCUGCAGGCAGAGGUUGUGCUUUUACAGAGGGARUCUGAGAAUCAGAGAGCUCAGCUGGCACAGCGGGUGAGGCCGGAGGAGCACGAGCAGAUGAGGAGUGGCUUUGAGCAAAGGAAGGAGGAACUGGGGAAGGCAAUUUCUGAGCUAUCACAGAAGAAUGAGACUCUGCAGAAGGAACUUGAAAGAUGGCAGGCUGAUAACAAGGUGCUGAAGCAGCAAGUCCAAAUGCUAAAAACUGAAAUUAAAAGCCAGAAUGUGCCUUUAAAAAUUCAUGAAGAGUUGAAGAAAACAAACGAUCUGGCUGUGGGUGACCUGACAAAAAAGCUUUUUGAAAUAACAAAGAAGUACAAUGAAAGCAAAGCAGAAGCUGAAAAGUUGCUGGCAGAGAAGAAUGACUUAAGUGAGAAUAUCAGCCACUUCCAAGCUGUGUACCUGUCUCCAGAGCAGCACAAAAAGGAGGUGGAAGCUUUAAAAUCUAAUGGGAUUGAGCUUGAAAAGCAGCUUGCUGAGCUUCAGAAGAAAUAUGAUGAUGAACAAGCCAAAGUAGGCAAACUGGUGACUGAGAACACAGGCUUGAGGGAGACCCUGAAGGAUCAGUAYGUGCUGGCCACCACCCACGAGGAGGUUAAAACUGUCCUCAACAGCACCCUGGAAAAAACCAAUGGGGAGCUGUCAGAUCUGAAGGGGAAAAUUGGAGAGAUAAAGCAAGAGUUCCUGAGGGUAAACGAGGAAAAUGGAGCUUUGAAAAGUAAGGUGAAACUCUUACAGAACCAAUUAAAAACUGAGUAUAUGAGUUUAAAGGAUCAUGAAGCAACAGUGAAUACUUUAAAUAAAAGCAUGCAAGAGCUGGAGGAGAACAAUGCUGCCAUUAAGGCUGAGCAUAAGAGGGGGCAGGAUGAAAUCUUACAGUUGCAUGCAGAAAUUGAAGCCCAGAAGAAGGAGCUGGACACAAUUCAGGAGUGCAUCAAGUCAAAAUACGCCCCAGUCGCCUCCUUUGAGGACAGAGAGCAGAGCUUUGAAGCCACAGUGAAGGAAUUAAAGGCAAAGCUGCAGGAACAGGAGCAGAGGUGCAGAGAAAGUGAGGAGGAAGCGCAGAGGUGCAGAGAGGAGAAUGAGAAGCUGAGGAGUGGGGUUCAGUCCAUCCAGAACGACCUACAGCAGAACUACGUCCUGGCCGAGAAGUCKCACGAGCUGGAGCGGCUGUGUGUSAGCGGGAUGGAGGAGCUCAGCGUGCAGCUCAGGGCUCUGCUGAGGAAAUGCACGGGCCAGCAGGGGCAGGAGGAGCAGCAGGACACGGCCACCCAGCCCCUGGCUCAGCAGCUCCCAGCUGAGCAUGUGGGUGCUCUGAGGGAGGCCCUCGGCCACACCGUGGAGGAGCUGAGGGAAGCYCUGAGCAGGAAGGAGGAAARUUAUGGCAAGGAAACGCUCCGAGUMCAGGAGCUGCAGCAGGAGCUGGCUGAGCUGCACAAGAGCUCGGUGCCUCUGGUGGAAUAUACCCAGCUGAAGGAAAUGCUGGAAGGAGAAGUCACAGCCGUCAAAUGCAGCCUGAAGRAAAAGGAGGCAGAAGCGCAGGCGAAGAGCAAGGAGGUGCUGCGGCUGCAGGCGGAGCUGCAGCUGAGCCAGCAGGUGGUGGCCGAGCUGCAGGGCCGGGARGCGGCGGCCGUGGAGGAGUACAGCUCCAUGAAGAGCGCCCUGGAGGCACAGGUCAGUGAYAUGGCAGGGCAGCUGGCCACCGUGAGCCAGAAAUACGAGCAGGCCUGYGAGGAGGCUCGGCAGGCCCGCAGGAGCGAGCUGGCCCUCAAGGACGAGAAGGAGCUGCUCCAGCUGMGGAGCUGCAGCAUCGAGCAGGAGAUCAAGGACCAGAAGGAAAGGUGUGACAAAUCGCUGACAACCAUCAUGGACCUGCAGAAGAGAAUCCAGGAAUCUGCCAAGCAGGUGGAAGCCAAGGACAACAAGAUAACAGAGCUGCUGAACGACGUGGAGCGGUUAAAGCAGGCUCUCAACGGCCUGUCCCAGCUGACAUACACCACUGGGAUCCCCUCCAAGAGGCACAACCAGCAGGUGGAACUGCUCCAGAGCCAAGUGAAAACACUCCAGCAGCAGCUGGCUGAUGCCAAACGGCAGCACCAGGAGGUGGUUUCGGUGUACMGGACACACCUGCUCAGCGCUGUCCAGGGCCACAUGGAUGAAGAUGUCCAGGCUGCCCUGCUGCAGAUCAUCCGCAUGAGGCAGGGCCUGGUUUGCUGAYGUGCUCCCGAGGGCUGCUGUGAAUGGGUGCUGUGCUUGUGGCAGCCUUCAGGGGCUUUAUGCUGACAUUAAAUUAAUUAUUGUGAUAAAGCUGCAAUUACAGCCUCCAAAUAUGAAACAACUCACAAA